AUGGGGAAGAUUCGGGGGACGCGCCUGACCCACUGGUGCUGCUGCUGCCUCCUCUACCAGCUGGGGCUCCCGUGGAACGGCGUCGCUUCAGGGCUGCAGCCCGUCCCCAGCCCGGACGAGUGGGAAGUCGUGUUUCCUGCGCUCUGGCGCCGGGAGCCGGGGAGUGCCGCGGGAGGUCGCGCGGGCUCCGGCGGCGGCGGCGGCGGGAUCCGCACAGCUGGGUCCUCCCGCGAGGCACGCUCCGCGGCCCCCGUGCCGCCCGAGUUGCCCCGGCCUUCCUCGCCGCUGGCUUCGGAGGAGGAUGACGAGCUCGAGUCGCGGGAGCUCCCCCGGGGGUCCAGCGGCCCGGCUUCCCCGUUCUCGGGUGUCCCGGCCUCACCGCCGCCGCCGCCCCCUCGGCCGUCCCCGUCCCCACCCCCGGCCCGGCUAGAGGAACCUGACAGCGACGAGGUGCUGCUGCGGAUCCCGGCCUUGUCCCGGGACCUCUACCUGCUGCUUCGGAGAGACGGACGAUUCCUGGCGCCGCGCUUCGCCGAGGAGCAGUGGCCGAGCUCAGGCCGUACAGCGGCCGCCCCACCCCCUCCCGCGCCGCCCAGCGCCUCCUGCUUCUACUCCGGGGUCGUGCUGCGCAACCCGGGCUCGCUGGCCUCCUUCAGCACCUGCGGCGGUGGCCUGAUGGGAGUUAUACAGCUCAAUGAGGACUUGAUAUUUAUUGAGCCACUCAAUAACACAAUGGCCAUAACAGGUCAUCCACACCGUUUAUAUAGGCAGAAAAAGUCGGUGGAGGAAAGAGUCACAGAGAAGUCAGAUCAUCACAAUCAUUACUGCGGGAUCAUUUCAGAUAAAGGAAGACCUAGGUCUAAAAAAUUAGCAGAAAGUGGAAGAUGGAAACGGAGUUCAUAUAAGUCAUCUCAAGAAUACAACAUAGAGACGGUAGUGGUUGCAGACCCGGCAAUGGUUUCUUAUCACGGUGCAGAUGCGGCCAGGAGAUUCAUUCUAACCAUCUUAAAUAUGGUUUUUAACCUUUUCCAACACAAGAGUCUGGGUGUGCAGGUCAAUCUUCGUGUGAUAAAGCUUAUUCUGCUUCAUGAAACUCCAGCAGAUCUGUAUAUUGGGCACCAUGGAGAGAAAAUGCUAGAGAGUUUUUGUAAGUGGCAACAUGAAGAAUUUGGCAAGAAGAAUGAUAUCCACUCAGAGAUGUCAACACAUUGGAGAGAAGAUUUGACUUCAAUUGAUGCAGCUAUACUUAUAACAAGGAAAGAUUUCUGUGUACACAAAGAUGAACCAUGUGAUACUGUUGGUAUAGCUUACUUGAAUGGAAUAUGUAGUGAAAAGCGGAAAUGUAUUAUUGCUGAAGACAAUGGCCUGAAUCUGGCAUUUACAAUUGCUCAUGAGAUGGGUCACAAUAUGGGGAUCAAUCAUGACAAUGACCACCCCUCCUGUGCUGAAGGUCUUCAUAUCAUGUCUGGUGAAUGGAUUAAAGGGCAAAAUCUUGGUGAUGUUUCCUGGUCUGGGUGUAGCAAGCAAGACUUGGAACGAUUUCUCAGGUCAAAGGCAAGUAGCUGCUUGCUGCAGACAAAUCCUCAGAGUGUGAAUUCCGUGAUGGUUCCCUCCAAACUGCUAGGGACGACCUACACUGCUGAUGAGCAAUGUCAGAUUCUCUUUGGGCCCUCAGCCUCUUUUUGUGAAGAGAAACAGAAUGUGAUUUGCAUGGGGCUAUGGUGCAGAGUAGAAGGUGAGAAAGAAUGCAGGAGCAAACUUGAUCCACCCAUGGAUGGGACAGACUGUCUCCCGGGUAAGUGGUGUAAGGCUGGAGAGUGUACCAGUAGGACCCCAGCACCUGAGCACCGGGCUGGAGAAUGGAGCAUGUGGAGUUCCUGCAGCCGAACCUGCAGCUCUGGGACCAGCAGUCGAGAACGCAGAUGUCCUGGGCUAAGUUCUGAAGCAAGGGAUUGUAAUGGUCCCAGAAAACAAUACAGAGUAUGUGAGAAUCCACCUUGUCCUGCAGGUUUGCCUGGGUUCAGAGACUGGCAAUGUCAGACCUAUAAUUUUAAAACUUCACACCCAAAGCAGGUCCUUCCAUGGCAAGCUGUCAUGGACGAAGAAAAACCAUGUGCCUUGUUUUGUUCUGUUGGAAAGGAACAGCCUGUUCUCCUAUCAGAAAAAGUGAUGGAUGGAACUUCUUGUGGAUACCUGGGAUUAGAUAUAUGUGCAAAUGGCAGGUGCCAGAAAGUUGGUUGUGAUGGAUUAUUAGGGUCCCUGGCAAGGGAGGACCACUGUGGAGUAUGCAAUGGUGAUGGAAAGUCUUGCAGGAUUAUUAAAGGGGAUUUUAAUCACACCAGAGGAGCAGGUUAUGUGGAAGUGUUGGUGAUACCUGCGGGAGCAAGGAGCAUCAAAGUUGUAGAAGAAAAGCCGGCACAUAGCUAUUUAGUUCUCCGAGACACAGGCAAACGGUCUAUUAAUAGUGACUGGAAGAUUGAACACUCUGGAGCAUUCAAUUUAGCAGGAACUACCAUCCAUUAUAUAAGAAGAGGCCUAUGGGAGAAGAUAUCCGCCAGAGGUCCUACUACAACACCUUUACACCUUCUGGUGCUCCUGUUUCAAGAUCAGAAUUAUGGUCUUCAUUAUGAAUAUACCAUCCCAUCAGAACCCAUUCCAGACAAUCAGAGCUCAAGAGCAUCUGAGCCCCUCUUCCUGUGGACACACACCGGCUGGGAAGAUUGUGAUGUCACAUGUGGAGGAGGAGAGAGGAAGACAACAGUAUCCUGCACAAAAGUCAUGAGCAAGAAUAUCAGCAUUGUGGACAACAAAAAGUGCAAAUACUUAACAAAGCCAGAUCCACAGAUUCGAAAGUGCAAUGAGCAACCAUGUCAGACAAGAUGGAUGAUGACAGAAUGGACCACAUGUUCACGAACUUGUGGUAAAGGGAUGCAGAACAGGCAAGUGGCCUGUACCCAACAACUAAGCAAUGGAACUCUCAUUAGAGCCCAGGAGAGGGACUGUGUGGGACCAAAGCCAGCCUCCGCCCAGCGCUGUGAGGGCCAGGACUGCAUGACUGUGUGGGAGGCAGGAGUCUGGUCUGAGUGCUCAGUCAAGUGUGGCAAAGGUGUUCGUCAUCGGACAGUGAGAUGUACAAACCCAAGAAAGAAAUGUGUCCUCUCCACCAGACCGAGGGAGGCUGAAGAUUGUGAGGAUUAUUCAAAAUGCUAUGUGUGGCAGAUGGGUGACUGGUCUAAGUGCUCAAUUACCUGUGGCAAAGGAAUGCAGUCUCGUGUUAUCCAGUGCAUGCAUAAGAUCACAGGAAGACAUGGAAAUGAAUGUUUCUCUUCAGAAAAACCUGCAGCAUAUAGGCCAUGCCACCUUCAGCCCUGCAAUGAGAAGAUCAAUGUAAAUACCAUAACAUCACCUAGACUUGCUGCUCUGACUUUCAAGUGCUUAGGAGAUCAAUGGCCUGUUUACUGCCGAGUGAUCCGAGAAAAGAACCUGUGUCAAGACAUGAGGUGGUAUCAGCGAUGCUGCGACAUGUGCAGGGAUUUCUAUGCCCAAAAGCUUCAGCAGAAGAGUUGACCUCUAGGAAGCUGGCCAAUCACUCCCUCUCUUUGCAAUUACAUUAUUUAUAAACACCCCACUAGCAU